UUUCUCCUUUUUUGUUGAAGUCUGUUUUCCAUUUUAGAGCUAUAUAAUAGCUCCACUUUUCAUUGAAUAAACCAUCCAAGUUUUGCAUCUGGUAUAGUCUUUUGCUACAAAGUUUUUUCUUUCUUUUUGUUUUCUACUCUCUUGUUCCAACAUUUGUGGUAUUGGAGCCUAGUUCAGUUACGAUUGCCAGCAACGGGAAUUCGAUGAGUGCUGCACUACCACUCAUACCAGUCUUCAUGGGAGAAGGCUACAAAUACUGGAGUAUUCGGAUGAAGACUCUACUAAAGUCUCAAGAUCGUUGGGGCUUUGUAAAACAGGGAUACACAGAUCCCGACGACAAGGUGAAUAGAUUGCAAGAGAACGGGAAGAAAGAUGCAAAAGCGUUGGCGAUCAUCCAGCAAGCUGUCCACGACAAUGUCUUCUCUAGAAUUGCAUUGGCGACCACCUCAAAGCAAGCCUGGUCAACCCUACAGAAAGAAUUCAAAGGAGAUCCAAAAGUCAUCGUUGUGAAAUUGCAAUCACUUCGACGUGACUUUGAAACGCUGAUGAUGAAGAAUGGAGAAUCACUGGCUAAUUUUUUUGUCAAGGGCAAUGACAAUAGUCAGUCAAAUGCGAUCUUGUGGCGAGAAGAUGAGGGACAAGACCAUCUCCGAGAAAGUACUCAGAAGCUUGACUCCAAAGCAAAUUGUUGGUCCAAGGAGAAACAAGCAAAUUACCUUCGAGAAGAAGAGGAUGAAAACAAGUUAUUCAUGGCCGUUGCAGACGCCGUGGAUACACCGAACGAUGUGUGGUUCGUGGAUAGCGGCUUCUCGAAUCACAUGUGUUCCAAGAAGGAGAUGUUCAAAGAGCUUGAUGAAUCUCACAAGAUUCAAGUCAAGCUUGGUGAUGACAAAUCCAUUCAAGUUGAAGGGAAAGGUACUGUUGCAAUAAAGAAUGGCCAUGGUAACACCAAACUCAUUUAUGAUGUCUAUUUUAUUCCAAAAUUGGCACAUAAUUUAUUGUGUUGGGCAAUUGGUUACUACUGAAUAUAUGGUAUUGUUUGAUGAUGGGUUCAGUGUCAUCAAAGAAAACAAAUUAGGGCAAAUCGUUACAAAGGUUUGCAUGACUGAAAGUAAAAUGUUUUCCCUCCGAAUAUCAAAUGUAGAGAAAUACGCUCUUGUUUAUGACACACAAGAGGCGUCAAAGUUGUGGCAUCUACGAUAUGGGCAUCUUAAUACCAAUGGAUUAAAGCUUCUACAUAAGAAAGGUAUGGUUCUUGU